UCAUGCUGCUGCCAGAGUCCAGAGUUCUGGAUCAUGAGGUCCCUGUUACGGCCUCCCAUUGCUGCUGUCUCCAUCGCCACACUCUCAUGCCAUGUGCCACUUUCAGGUCUCCUCACACACUGCUGAAUUUUUUUGACAUAGGGUGCUGGCAGAUUAAACGGGCCUCCCAUAGCUGCUGCCAGGCCCCUAAUCUGCCAUAGGCCCCUAUAUACCCGCCCUCCUCAUGCUUGCUGCCAGGUCCAGAGUCUGUCAUGGGACCCUGUACUGGCCUCCCAUUGCUGCUGUCUCCAUCGCCACAACACUCUGCCAUGUGCCACUUUCAGGUCUCCUCACACACUGCUGGUGUGUAGAAUUUUUUGAC